CCCCGCCUAUCAAGUAGCGUGAGCGCGCACUGUUUAGCAAGGGGGAAAAGGCAGCAGAGGUUUCAUCGAACGUCACCGGGGAUAGGAAGGGCUGCUUUUAAUACAUUUUAAGAAGAGGAGAAAAUAGGACAAAUAUGCGUCACUGUUCGGGACUGAUCUGAAUUUUGAGUAUUAUUUUCGGGGGAAGUUAUUUGGAGAGAAGAACGAAGACGCAGUUGUUUAAGGAAACCCAGGGAAUUAAAAAUCAGAUUUGAGAGUUGCAUUUGUGUGCUAAUUCCUCUGUCCCAAACGAGAAGGCUUCCGCGCACAACAGAUUUGGAUUAACGUUCAUUGAUGUAGUAAGCGGUGAUGUCUUGAGGCAGUCUCCCAUCCGGCCUAGUGAAGGACGUGCGAGGUCAAGUGACUGCUAAUGGGAACUCCUGUGACACCAUGAGCGCUCGUGAUGGCGGCGGCGGGAUCGGCGGAGUGGGCACGCUGGGCAGGCGAGGACGCUACGAGGACUCGGAGUUUACCCUGCGCAUCUAUCCGGGCUCCCUGGCCGAGGGCACCAUCUACUGCCCCGUCAGCGCCCGUAAAAGCACCACGGCCGCCGAGGCCAUCGAGCGCUGCCUGGAACGCCUGCGUCUGGACCGCGACCGCUGCUACGUGCUAGCCGAGGUCAAGGAAUUUGGCGGGGAAGAAUGGAUCCUGAACCCCAGCGACUGCCCCGUCCAACGGAUGAUGCUGUGGCCCCGCGGGGCUCUGGAGCAGCGCUCGGGCUCGGGCGGCGGGGAGGACUACCGCUUCCUGCUGCGGCAGAAGAAUCUGGAUGGCUCCAUCCACUACGGCGGCAGCCUGCAGAUGUGGCUGCGUGUGACCGAGGAGCGCCGGCGCAUGACGGAGCGUGGCCUGUUGCCACAGGAGGAGGUCAGGGGUGACCACGCCGACUUGUGCUGCCUGCCGGAGCUCACCGAGCGCUCGCUGCUGGACAACCUACGCUUGCGCUUCCGCCAGGAGAGGAUUUACACCUACGUAGGCAGCAUCCUCAUCGUCAUUAACCCCUUCCAGUUCCUCCCCAUCUAUAACCCCAAGUACGUCAAGAUGUACGACAACCACGCUCUGGGAGACCUGGAGCCGCACAUCUACGCCGUGGCGGACGUGGCCUACCACGCCAUGCUGCAGCGGCGGAGGAACCAGUGCAUCGUCAUCUCUGGGGAGAGCGGCUCGGGAAAGACCCAGAGCACCAACUUCCUGAUUCACCACCUGACCGCCCUCAGCCAGAAGGGAUUCGCCAGCGGGGUGGAGCAGAUCAUUCUGGGGGCGGGGCCAGUGUUGGAGGCAUUUGGGAAUGCAAAAACUGCCCACAACAACAACUCGAGUCGCUUCGGCAAGUUCAUCCAAGUGAAUUACCAGGAGAGUGGCACUGUCCGAGGAGCCUAUGUGGAGAAGUACCUUCUGGAGAAAUCAAGACUGGUCUACCAGGAGCACAAUGAACGGAACUACCAUGUGUUUUACUACCUGCUGGCAGGAGCAAGUGAGGAGGAGAGGAGUGCCUUUCACCUCAAAAAGCCUGAAGAAUAUCAUUACCUCAACCAGAUGACAAAGAAAGUCCUGAGACUGCACUGGGAGAAUUACUAUGAGAGCGAAGCGGACUGCUUCACAGUGGAAGGGGAGGACCUGAAGCACGACUUUGAGAGACUGCAGCUGGCCAUGGAGAUGGUGGGAUUCCUGCCUGCCACACGCAAACAGAUCUUUUCUCUGUUGUCGGCCAUUCUUCACCUGGGGAACAUCCGCUACAAGAAGAAGACCUACCGAGAUGACUCCAUUGACAUCUGCAAUCCAGAAGUCCUACCUACUGUCUCAGAACUGUUAGAGGUCAAGGAGGAGAUGCUAUUUGAAGCCCUGACGACGAGGAAGACCAUGACAGUGGGAGAGAGGCUCAUCGUGCCCUACAAACUGGCUGAGGCGGGCACGGUGCGAGACUCAAUGGCCAAGUCCCUGUACAGCGCACUGUUUGACUGGAUUGUGUUCCGGAUCAACCACGCACUGCUCAACAACCGGGACUUGGAGGAGAGCGCCAAGAUCUUUUCCAUCGGCGUGCUGGACAUCUUUGGCUUUGAGGACUACGAAAACAACAGCUUUGAGCAGUUCUGCAUCAACUUGGCCAAUGAGAGGCUCCAGCACUACUUCAAUCAGCACAUCUUUAAGCUUGAGCAGGAGGAGUACAGGGCGGAGGGCAUCAGCUGGCACAACAUUGACUACAUCGACAACACAGGCUGCAUCAACCUCAUCAGUAAGAAGCCCACAGCGCUGCUCCACCUGCUGGAUGAGGAGUCCAACUUCCCACAGGCCUCUAACCAGACUCUGCUGGACAAGUUCAAGCGGCAGCAUGAGGGCAACGGCUACAUUGAGUUCCCCGCCGUCAUGGAGCCCGCCUUCAUCAUCCGCCACUACGCCGGCAAGGUCAAAUACGGGGUCAAGGACUUCCGGGAGAAGAAUACGGACCAUAUGCGUCCGGACAUCGUGGCCCUACUGAAGAGCAGCAAAAACGCCUUCAUCUGUGGCCUGAUGGGCAUCGACCCCCCAGCCACCUUCCGCUGGGCCGUCCUCAGAGCCUUCUUCAGAGCCAUGGUGGCCUUCAGGGAGUCUGGGAAGAGACACGUACACAGGAAGACUGGGCAUGAUCCCGCUGCUCCCUGUGCAGUUUUGUGCAGUGUGGAUAGUUUUAGCUUUCUGCAUCACCCUGUGCAUCAGAGAAGUUUAGAGAUCCUGCAGAGGUGCAAAGAGGAGAAGUACAGUGUGGUCAGGAAGAGUCUACGAACACCGCUGUCGGACCUGCAGGGCAGCAACACGCUCAACGAGAAAUCUCCACGGGAUGGUGUGGGCUGGAAUGGGCGUGGUGGGCGGCAGGGCCGCCUGUCAUCCAGCGGGUCCAACAUGGAAGAGGACGGAGGAAUUUUUGUCAACUCCACCAGCAGCAAGCUCCUGGAGAGAGCCCACGGCAUCCUCAUGAGAAACAAAAACUACAAAUCAAAGCCCAGUCUUCCAAAGCACUUGCUUGACGUCAAGUCCCUAAAGUACCUCAGCAACCUGACGCUGCACGACCGCAUCACCAAGUCCCUCCUCCACCUCCACAAGAAGAAGAAACCACCCAGCAUCAGUGCUCAGUUCCAGGCCUCUCUCAAUAAGCUGAUGGAGACUCUGGGCCAAUCAGAGCCCUACUUUGUCAAAUGCAUCCGUUCCAAUGCAGAGAAGCUGCCCCUGCGCUUCAAUGAUGGCCUGGUGCUCAGGCAGCUACGCUACACGGGUAUGCUGGAGACUGUGCGCAUCCGCCAGUCAGGCUACAGCAUCAAGUACACCUUCCAGGUAAGCGGUUUUAUACAGAUGCACAGACACGUACAAAAAACUCUCUCACACACACACACAAACACAAACAAACAAACAAACGUCCUCUCACUGUCAACUGCGUUUAUUUUCAGCAAACUUAAAUAUUUGUAUGAACAUUACAAGAUUCAACAACUGAGACAUAAACUGAACAAGUUCCACAGACAUGUGACUAACAGAAAUUGAAUAAUGUGUACCUGAACAAAGGGGGGAUCAAAAUCAAAAGUAACAUUCAGUAUCUGGUGUGGCCACCAGCUGCAUUAAGUACUGCAGUGCAUCUCCUCAUGGACUGCACCAGAUUUGCCAGUUCUUGCUGUGAGAUGUUACACCACUCUUCCACUAAGGUACCUGCAAGUUCCCGGACAUUUCUGGGGGGAAUGGAACUAGCCCUCCGAUCCAACAGGUCCCAGACGUGCUCAAUGGGAUUGAGAUCCGGGCUCUUCGUUGGCCAUGGCAGAACACUGACAUUCCUGUCUUGCAGGAAAUCAUGCACAGAACGAUCAGUAUGGCUCGUGGCAUUGUCAUGCUGGAGGGUCAUGUCAGGAUGAGCCUGCAGGAAGGGUACCACAUGAGGGAGGAUGAUGUCUUCCCUGUAACGCACAGAGUUGAGAUUGCCUGCAAUGACAACAAGCUCAGUCCGAUGAUGCUGUGACACACUGCCCCAGACCAUGACGGACCGUCCACCUCCAAAUCGAUCCCGCUCCAGAGUACAGGCCUCGGUGUAACGCUCAUUCUUUCGGCGAUAAACGCGAAUCCGACCAUCACCCCUGGUGAGACAAAACCGCGACUUGUCAGUGAAGAGCACUUUUUGCCAUUCCUGUCUGGUCCAGCAACGGUGGGUUUGUGCCCAUAGGCGACUUUUGUUGCCGGUGAUGUCUGGUGAGGACCUACCUUAAAACAGGCCUACAAGCCCUCAGUCAAGCCUCUCUCAGCCUAUUGCGGACAGUCAGAGCACUGAUAGAGGAAUUGUGCGUUCCUUGUGUAACUCGGGCAUUUGUUGUUGCCAUCCUGCACCUGUCGCGCAGGUGUGAUGUUCAGAUGUACCAAUCCUGUGCAGGUGUUGUCACACGUGGUCUGCCACUGCGAGGACGAUCAGAUGUCCGUCCUGUCUCCCUGUAGUGUUGUCUUAGGCGUCUCACAGUACCGACAUUGCAAUUUAUUGCCCUAGCAACAUCUGCAGUCCUCACUUCUCCGUGCAGCAUGCCUAAGGCACAUUCACGCAGAUGAGCAGGGACCCUGGGCAUCUUUCUUUUGGUGUUUUUCAGAGUCAGUAGAAAGUCCUCUUUAGUGUCCUAAGUUUUCAUAACUGUGACCUUAAUUGCCUAACGUCUGUAAGGUGUUAGUGUCUUCUCGACCGUUCCACAGGUGCAUGUUCAUUAAUUGUUUAUGGUUCAUUGAACAAGCAUGGGAAACAGUGUUUAAACCCUUUACAAUGAAGAUCUGUGAAGUUAUUUCGAUUUUUACGAAUUAUCUUUGAAGACAGGGUCCUGAAAAAGGGGCAUUUCUUUUUUGUUUACACACACACACACACAUGCACACGCACACGCACACACAUACAUAUAUACAUACAUGCACACACACUCUCAUUCCUAAUUUACCCCAUCUACCAGUCUGUCUCACAUCAUAGACAUUAGUC